AAACGCAAGAUGAUCACAUGCAUACUGUUUGGAUGCGUAGAGAAAAAUCCAGUUCUCUCAUACCUUUCAAAGUGAACGCACGCGUGUGUUGCGCGUUCCGCACCGAACACAAUUUCUUCGCACCGAUUGGAAAACUUCCGAUUCGGUUCGGGUCUGAAAAAAUCAAGUGUCAAGCAAAAAGCGUCAACAGCGUUACAGAGGUCGAAUAAAGUUCCCCAUUCAUCGAUAAAGAUAAGCAUCGAGUGAUCGACGACUAGCAAUUUCCGGAAUUACACCGUCUGCCCGUCUGCACUUGUGUUUGUGCAAGUAGUUAGUGUGACAAAUCCACAGGUGUGAGUGUGGUGUCCGCGUGUGUGUGCGUGCAAGUAUUGUGGAAAGUUGCGCCGUAUCGAAAAAUCAUUCGUCUUUCUCACGUCUGCUGCAGCUGGAGGAGUAGAGCUCCCCAGAAAGGUUCAAUCCACACGAUGAGAUGCCAGUACCUACUGGUGGUCACGGUAGCACUAUGUGUGCUUACCGUGAACUCCAGUCCGGCCGUCAAGCCGGACCUGCCGAAGGCGCAGGAUCCACUGUUCAAUAAAAUGCUUGCCGAAAGCACCCGCAUCGUACCGGAUGCACACGAUCCACACUACAACAAGAUGCUGCCGGAUUUGGACGAAAAUCUAAUCGACACCGACAGCGAUGAUGACGACGAGGAGGACGAUGAUAUUCUACCGAAAAAGGCAGCCGAUUUGAAUCCAAUGUAUGCACAAAAAGGCAAACAAGUUAAGCCAGAAGUGUCAACCAUUGGUUCGGUGCCUAUCAACAAGGUAAAAAUCAACGAAGAUAUCGACAGUUACGAGGAGGUACUACUGAAGGGUAACGGCAAGAACGUGGACAUUGAUGAUUGGUAUCAAGUGGAGGAUUUAAGCAGUGAAGUUCAUACCAUCGAUGAAGAUAAUCCUUCCAAAACUACCACCUCUAAACCUACCACCAAAACGGAAGACGAAGACACUUCCGAUGAGUACGAUGAUGAUGAAUCGGACGAAAAGAUCGAUUUCUCCGGUGUAGACAAAGUUCUGGCACAACCACUUAAACCGGUACCAGCAGAGAAGUCGACCAAAUCGUCAGCAACGAGCACGACCGUGAAACCGAAGAGUACCACCGCUGGCAAGCAGAAUGUCGACCAGCAAAAUGUUCGUGACCAGUAUGAUGAAGAUGACGACGAUGACGAGUAUGACUAUAUUGAGUACAACUAUGACGUCGACGAUGACGAUGAUGAGGAUAAUGAUGAUGAUGACGAUGAUGGUGAUGAUGAGGACACGGAAAAAUUGCCGAUAAAGAUGCGAAAGAAGAAGCCUGGUAACAACGUUAACAACGAAGCCAAGAAGAAAACGAGACCAGUUAAGAAGAUAAAGGAUCAGAACAAGACCAACAAGGGUAAUGAUGAAUAUUAUUACUACGACGAUGAUGAUGACGAUGAUGACUAUAACGUGGAGUCGUCAAACAGUACAUACUGUCCACGGGGAUGUAUCUGCGAGCGCAACAUGCAUGCAUACAUGGUUGCCACGUGCAGUCGUUUGGAUUUGGAAACCCAAAAGUUCACCUCACACAUCACCGAUCUGCAGGUGUUGGACGUAGGACCCAAGUACCCGAUCGAACUGGGACCGGAGUUCUUCAAAAAGAUUGGUCUCAGCCACGUCGUCUCGAUCAAAAUCACCAACUGCACGAUCGUUUACAUAAGCCCGCAAGCAUUUGCCGGUCUGGACGAGCUGUACUCCGUUAAUUUGACCAAUUCGGGCAUUGAUAUUAUCCAUCCGGAUACUUUCGCGAACAACACGAAGCUGCGAUUGCUGACACUGUCGGGCAACGAUUUGAGCGCUAUGCAAAGCGUGAAUCAUAACACUCCGUACAUGGACUACAUGCUAAAGGCACCGACCGUGGAAGAGCUGGACAUUUCGCGCUGCAAGCUGCAGGAACUCCAGCCGAACGCGUUCAAUGAGCUUAAGAACAUUAUCUACAUCAACCUGUCGGAGAAUAACCUGAGCAACCUGCCGGAAGGAAUCUUCGAUAACGUGGAAACCAUCGAAGAGCUGGACCUUUCGAUGAACAAUAUUGCCGAGCUGCCGAAGAACAUCUUCACCAAGACGUCGCUAGCGAUCCUGCACCUGAAACACAACAAGAUCAGCAACAAUGUAAAAUUCGUAACGGCCGAUCUUCAGAAGCUUGAUGUGAGCUUCUGCCAGAUUCGCACGAUCAACAACCAAAUGUUCAAGGGCAUGGAGGGACUCACCAAUCUGAUCCUGAAGGGUAACCACAUCGAACAGAUCAAGCCGAUGGCGUUCGUCUCGCUGAACAGCUUGCGUCAGAUCGAUCUGUCGUACAACAAUUUGGAGCAAAUAUCCGCCCAAACCUUCAUCGCAAACAGGAUGCUGGAUAUCAUCCGUAUUAACAACAACCCGCGACUGAAGCGUCUACCGAACGAAGGCUUCGAAAGCUCGUACAAUGGUACGUUCAACGUGUAUUUCAUGGACAUUUCGAACUGCGAUAUUUCUGAGCUGGCGGAUAACACGUUCAAGACGAUGCCACAGCUGACGCGACUGAAUUUGGCGUGGAACAAUCUGCAAACCAUUCGGCCCCCGGUUAUGGCUCAUCUCAGCAAGCUGAUGGAUUUGGAUCUGAGCAACAACAUGAUCACGGAGUUGGAUGAGAAGACAUUCCAGAACAAUCGCAAUCUUAACAGCUUGAACCUGUCCGGUAAUCAAAUGUCUAGCCUUGCUAGCAAGAUAUUCCACCCGCUGCAGUAUCUCAGCGAGUUGGACAUCAGUGAUUGCGAUCUGCGCACCAUCUGGGACGAUUCGUCAGUCAAGGCGAAGCGCGAGGAAGUACUUCCGAACCUGAAGCGUCUGAAUGCAUCGUACAACGAGAUCGCGGAGGUGUUUGUAUCGGAUCUGGAAACGAUGGCUAAACUGCGCGUACUAGACAUCCGUAACAACUCACUGAGCUGCAACGAACGGUUGCCAACGCUAAUCGAUUGGCUGCAAAAGAAGCAGGUAAGAGAGAUCUCGAUGGCCGAUACCGCACAAGAUCAUGUGACACACGCUGAGAUGAGUGUUCUGCGCACGGACAACUCGGCCACACUGAAGCAGUGGGGACAAUUUGCCUGGGAAAUCUGCCAGGGCGGUAACGGUGAUCCAGAUAAUACGCUCUCGUACAGUGAAACGGAGGAAGAUUACGAUGAUGAGGAUGAUGAAGACACCGAGGACGCGGACGCUGAUGUGAUGGCGGAAGCGAACGCCAAAUCAAACAAGAUCGUAGAUAGCAAGAACGAGUUGGAUGAAUACUCGAACGAAUCGGUAGAUAAUGAUAGCGAUGAUAAUGAGGAUGCGGAUAGCGAAGAUGAAGAUGACGAUGAUGACGAAGAUGACGAUGAUGAGGAGGACGACGUGCAGGAGCGUGAAAACAUCCUUGAUGCCGCCAACGGUAUCCAGAGGAUCGAACAGGAUAUUCUCACCGGCAAGCAUAGCACCAACGAUGAGGACGAUGAGGACGAUGGUGAAUACGAGGAUGAUAACGAGGGCACAAACGUGGAUGAAGUCGUCAUAUUGGAGAACGCGUCCAUGUUCGCUCUUUCCACUGUCGCACUGAUGGUUGGUUGUAUCGUAAUCGGCAGUUUGAUAAUGGUGAUGUUGGUGGCUAGAAUCGUUGCCCUGAUCUUCAAACGACGCGGAGAACGCUACCGUCAGGCAUUGCUUGCAUCGAAGAACUCGUUCGUCUACCAAAAGCUGACGGAAGAUAUUGUUACACCGAAUAACCCGAAGGUCCAUCGGUACGAACCGAUCAACCAGGUGUAAAUGUGAGAAAUUAGGAUGGAAUUUGAAGAUGGAGUUUCCAUGCGCGAUCACACUCACACACAUACAUGCCACGCACAAAGUCAACAGGAACACGUGGUGUGCUCUUAGAUUUCGUAAAAAAAAACAUGCAACAGUAAUACAGUCUGUUAUAGCAGUAGCAAACAAUACAAAAUGCAUACUUAAACAAAACACAAGAUCACCGAGCUUCCCGAUCAGUGGUAACCAGCAAGCUGGGAACCAGCGUGUCUCGGGCAACAGCUAUGAUGUACUUAUCGGACAGUAAGCAAAUAACAGAUCGGGCAGCUAACGAUGCAGAUAUUUUUUUCUAUUUAUUAAGUUCUUACUUUCUAACCAUCGAAGCAGCAUUGAUUUCAAAUACUUUCUUCUCCUUGCGCUGAUCCUCAAGACGAAGAUCCGUCUUGCUUGGCAGACUCGCCCAAGGUAGCUUUGUUUGCGAUUCCAACAUAAUGUACCUCCGGCGAUCGAAGAGACGACGGCUCCGUUGGACGGACGGCAUCUCGUAUCCCCGUAUCGAUCCGCUUAAGGAGCCUUUAUUGUAUACUACUAUGUGCGCGUACUUACCGCCGGUAGCAAUCGUGUAGUGGUAGCUUAGUUUUGUUUAGUGCUAUGUAUACUUUUUUUUACAUGUUUUUGGUUCACCAUCUGAACAACAUUCCUAGUUCCGGUUGCAAGAAAAGAAAACAACAAACAUAUCAGAAUAUUUUUUUUCGCAUCUAACGUUGUGAUCAAAGUUUGGUUACAUUCAACCUGAAACUAACAAACGUGAAUCGGUAAUAUUUAUAAACAUGCACCACAGAACAGGCUUCGUUUUAGUGCCAUUUUGUUUUCGAAACACAUCGGGAAGAAACACACCGAUCGUAGUAGAGCUCAUCAUCUUCGAUCACCGGAAGUAUUCUACUUAAUGCCGCUAGCAGCAUCAUUCAAAGCAUCCAAAACCCCCUGUCAAAAAUAUGCAUUUCGAUAUAAUCCCAGGGAAUCGCGCAAUACGUACGUGCAUACACACAAAAGAUCAGUAUCGUAAUAUAUCCGUCUGCAUUUCAGCGAAACACAAAAAAUGUCCAAAAUUCGCAGCAAUAGUGUAUUUACUUUAUAAUUCUGCUAUUUUUAAAUUAUUGAGGUGUCUACCAAAAUAAACCAACAAAAAGGAUUUGAUGAAA